AUGCCUCACAAAGAUACUCCCAACCCAUCCCAACCCAGUACACCAAACCCACCCAACCGGAGGGAGGCGCGACGCGCCCCCAACGGACAGCUCGACAAACCCGACCACAGACCCCAUCCGGCACGACCGCCUCCUUCCUGGAGAACGCGGUCGGAAGGGGCGCUGGACGCAGAACGCGCGACCACCCCAACCCCGCAGUCCUACAACGACGUAGACAUGACCAUGGGAGACCAGAACGACCCAAACCGGCGCGUCCCAUGGGACGAAGACAUCGAGUCAUCCGGAGACGAAAAUGACCAAAGGGGAAUCGACCAAGAAUCCAUACAGGCCGACAGAUUCAGCCACCUCGCAGAUCGCUCGAUGAGCAGGGACGAGAAGUUAGAUCACCUAUACAACUCCCUCUUAGACGCCGGGUUCUUCGUACAGGCAUUGGAGAGUGGGGGAGAAAUGGAUAUUGCAAGGACUGACCAAAAAAUCACAGGAUGCAUGACGGGCCUAUCAAACGCGCUCCUCAACCAGCCAUACAGAGUCAUCAUGGAACAGCAAGCAGGCCUCGCGAAGGCAAUCCACGAGAUCAGCAAGAACAUGACGACGACCAUGGAGAACAUGGCGACGAUCAUGGAGAAUGUUCAGAACAACGGAGAAAAGAUUGAACACAUGAAGAAUGAGACAGCCAACAGCCUAACAGCAACCUCAGACCGGCUCAAAGCCUUGGAAUCCCUGGCCACCGACACUCAGUCACGAAUCGCAAACCUGGAAAACCGAGAGAAAACCACAAACUGCGAAUGCGGAGUGGACCCACAGACGCGCGAGCACAUUAUAAGAGACUGCGAACGGUACGAGGACCAACGGGCCAAGCUACGUGAUCACGACCGUGAACUGGCACUCCCAGAACUACUGGGAACCCCCAAAGGCAUCACGGCCCUAUCCAUCUUCAUAAGAGACUCCGGCGCGUUCACAUUCACGGGAGAAAAGCACAUGCCAAAAGAAACCCCAUCCUUCCAGGACGAACCAGAACCCCCAGACGAGGACUCAGAAGACGAUGAGUCCGACGCUGAACCAUAA